UGUGGGUGAGGGAGGGGCAUCUGCACGAGUCUAAACUGCGUUGUUGGGGGAUUACAUCACUACAUCGUCAGACGGUGUUUAGUUUUAGCAAGAAGGCAUCAUACGUCUAAGGUACUGUCUCUCAGCUGUCACUCCUUGGCUGAGCUAAAACAGCUACAUCAACAGCAAAGGAAAUACCAGAUCCCCACUGACUGGUUUGUUCCCAGACCAAUACGACUUGCUGCAGGAAGACAAACGGGCAUCAUGACACAGGGCAAGUUAUCACUUGCCAACAAGGCCGCCAAUGGCUCCACCAGUGAACAGGCCAUGGGGGCGCCAGCGCCCCCCACGUACGAGGAAGCAACCGCUGGUGUCAGUGCUCCUUGCUACAAUGAUGUUGAGAUGCUAACCGAGUUCACCUGGGAUGAUUGCAACAUCAGAAGAGUCUUUAUUCGUAAGGUGUACACAAUCUUGUUGGUUCAGCUUUUGGUCACUUUUGCUAUUGUGGCUCUUUUCACAUUCUGUGACCCUGUGAAGGACUACAUCCAGGCCAACCCCGGGUGGUACUGGGCCUCGUACGCCGUAUUCUUCGUCACUUAUCUGACUCUAUCAUGCUGCUCUGCACCAAGGAGACAGUUUCCAUGGAAUCUCAUUCUGCUGGCCAUUUUUACCCUGUCCCUCUCCUACAUGACAGGGAUGUUGUCCAGCUUCUAUAACACUAAGUCAGUGGUGAUGUGCCUGGGCAUCACAGCAGCAGUCUGUCUCGCGGUCACAGUCUUCAGCUUCCAAACGAAGUUGGAUGUGACUUCAUACCAAGGAGUACUCUUUAUCUUCUGCAUGGUCAUGUUCAUCUCUGGCCUGGUGUUAGCCAUCGUCCUCCCUUUUCAAUACGUUCCUUGGUUGGAUGCCGUAUAUUCUGUGCUGGGAGCCAUAUUAUUCACAAUGUUUUUAGCAUUUGACACCCAACUCCUCAUGGGAAACAAGCGAUAUACCCUGAGUCCAGAGGAAUACGUCUUUGCGACUCUCAGCAUCUACCUUGAUAUCGUGUACAUCUUCUCCUUCUUCCUGCAAAUCUUUGGAACAAAGCGGGAAUAAAUGUCCCAAGGGGCAAGGUGAAAAUUGAAGGAAACAAGAUAAAAGUCUUAAAAUUGUUGUGGUGAUAAUGCUUCCAACCAGUUAUUGCAGUUUUUUUUUUCCUGAUACUGAUGAGUUCUUGAAUUACUUUGAUAAUCUGUUGUACAGCUAAACAUGCACAUUGAUGCAUGUCAGUUUCCGCUGAACCCAUCCACCCCACACUCCCUCUAACUUGUGAACCCAUGACCCAAAUUAUUGGUUAGCUUACUAGGUUUACCAACACAAAUAGUCAGUCGCCUGUGAUCCUUCUCUAUUCAGUGAUGUAACAUUCUGGGUGUUUCUAUUAAAGUUGUAUGGAUGCACAUGUACCAUAAGUAUCCUGCAAACAAUAGAGAUGAAUCCUCUUUAGGGUGUACAACAUCCACAAAACAUGCAUGACUCUCAUCUUAACAAGACUCUUCUCUAUGCCAAGUAAGCACGUUCAUUCAAUCUUUUGGCAAAUAUCUGUGACCUUUAAGUUAGUGACUGAAAGCACAAAUUUAACUUGAUGUAGAUGUAGAUAAUUUUUCUGUGUUUUCAGUCAUAUCCUGUAUUGUCUUGACACUGUGAAUUACAAGAAAGUUCUAUAUGGACUUGUAGGACAUUUAGGGUGAAAUGUUUUUUUGUUAGAUUUGAAUGAUCUGAAAAUUUUCUUUGAAAUUUAAGGUUGUGCUACUCAUUUCGUCUUUGAUUUGUUUACCCAUUCACAAUGUACUGUACAUUAAUGAUCAUGAUGUUUGGUCAGUUUGAAAGAAUCAAUUUAUUUAUUGUUGUGCUUGUAGCUAUGUUACUUGUCCAACAUAUAUAUCUGAAACUCAAAACCUUUGAAGGUUAUUUGCUUUUGUUUUUUCUUCCCAAGGAAAGGCAUUUAUUUUAAGACUUAAAGAUUUUUGUUGUUUUACUGUGUAAAGUUUCAGUCAAUUUGAGGUGGUGACAAAUAGUAAAUGUGAACAAAACUGUGCCAAACAAAAGGAUUUACUGUAACUUUUGAUAAAGUCUGCUUUUAUGGAGGACAUUGAAUGCUAUAAUUUACUAACAUUUAAAGUUUAUUUUUCUAUGAUAGAAUGAUAUAUUUAAGAAAGUAUGUGAAAUAAAAUCGCUAGGGUGAUGCUUGAAAUGGCCUUUUAUUAACUUUAUUUGAUUAUGUUAGUGGAGUGAGCUGUUUUAGGGGGACUAUGCAUGUUAUUGUAGAAUUGGUGUUGCUGUAUUGAUGUAUAAAAGGGUGUGUAUGAUAUGAUCGCUAGUUCUUUCAUUUAAUAAACUGCCGCUUACCUUUGAA